AUGUCUAGUUUCGUUCCUCCAGAAAAGAGUCUCAUAGACGCCGAAAUUCUCCUGCUAAAUAUGUGCUUCGACGACAUCGAAGGUUACAUCGGCCAUAUUGUCAGACUAAACAGGGCUCGAUCAUUCAAUUCACUGAACAAACCAACUGUCGAUGAUAAUGUCUCCAUUUCUGGCGGUGACGACAAGAAAAAGAAGAAGAAAAAAUUGAUCUUCAGAAAGCGUUCCACAGCCAAGCCGAAAGAGAAGGAUCUGCCAAAAGUCCUCAGUAAGCUUAAUUUUUUGCACUGA